GUCAUACAGGAUAACCCACUGAUAGCUUAUCUACCUCAUCAACAAAAAUUCCUCGAUGAGUUGCUCCGAUGGGAAGGCUGGGGCAAUCAACACCCUGAUCGGACUUGCUCCGAGUGCGGCAAAUCCGAGGCCGCCAUUCGGUGCACCGACUGCUUCUGUCCAGACGUUUGGUGUGAUGAGUGUGUUGUACGGCUUCACGAACGGACACCGCUCCACCGCAUCCAGCGAUGGAACGGUGAGUUCUUCGAGCGGACAACCCUUGGCAAACUCAACCUUCGUCUUCGCGUUGGUCACACUGGGUCAGGGUCGUGUCAGACAUACGAAAGUCAAACAUGCACUAUCAUCGAUACAACCGGCACCCACGAAAUCGUAGUCGACUUUUGUGGAUGCCCUUCAUCGCCUUCUGAUCGUGUCACCAAGUUUCUCCGCUCCCGUCUAUUCCCAGCCACCACCUCAGAACCGCAAACGGCUGUUACCUUCCGCCUUCUAGAGUUCUAUCAUAUCCUCGCCUUCGAAUCCAAAGCCUCUGCUUACGAGGUAUAUCACACUCUCGUUCGGUUAACGGACAACUGCGGCUCCGGGAACGUGAGCGAUCGUUAUCGCGCCUUCAUGCGCGUCGCUCGUGAGUGGGCUUGUCUCAAGAUGCUCAAGCGUAGCGGGCGAGGGCACGAUCCUGGGGGUAUUGCAUCUACUCCUCCUGGAUCAUGCGCGGUUCUUUGCCCCGCAUGUCCGCAGCCGGGGAAGAACCUUCCUGACGACUGGAGGACGCAGCCGCCAUCUAAGCAGUGGAUUUAUUCGUUAUUCAUUGGCCUCGACGCGAACUUUCGCCUCAAGCGAAAAGAAGUAUCAUCCGCCAACGCCGAUCCAAGCCUAUCGGGCGCUUCGGCGUACUUCGUCGACGAGUCGGUCUAUCAGCGUCAUAUAACAGAGAACGAGAAUGCCCGACAAGAGAAAAGCACUUGCGUGAAUCACAACGCCGUAAACCUGGCCAAUCUCAAGUCAACGAAGGGUCUGGCGGUGACGGGUGUCGGGACCGUGGAUUGUACUCGACAUAACAUGAAACGCCCGUGUAGCGUAGGCGAUCUUCAGCACUGGGAACGAUAUUAUAAUAUGGACUUCUUAAUUUUAUCAAGUCUUUCGGGAGACCAGGCGCAGGUUAUUGUGAUCUCCUACGAUAUUGCGUGCCAGUGGAGCCUCCACUUCCUCGAACGCAUCCGUAAAUACUUUCACAUCAGCGAUAAAGUCCUCGACGGCAAGAAGCUUGUUUUCCUCGUUCCAAAGUUUCAUCUACCAGCACAUGUUGAGCGCUGCCAGAUCGAGUUUUCUUUUAACCUUGCAAAGUGGGUCGGCCGCACUGACGGCGAGGCACCCGAGAGAGGUUGGUCAAAUAUCAAUCCAGUCGCUGUCGCCACCAAGGAGAACGGCCCGGGUGCCCGUCAUGACACGCUGAAUGCUCACUUCGGCGACUAUAACUGGAAGAAAAUCUGCGGCAUACAUGAGAUCCUCAGUCGAAAGAUGGACGAGGCGCUCUCUCUCAGCAAAGUCCAUCAAGAGCAACUCGAAGAUAUGAAUAUUGAAGGCCUAAAACAUCACAUCAUUAUCUGGGAGGCCGAAAUGUCUGCGUGGGAGGAGGACCACGCUCAGCCCAACCCUUUCCAGCCUCGAGUCCGUCAAAUCAGCCAGGCGACCGUCCGCCUCCAGCUCGCUCGUGCUGAGGCAGAAGAACUCUUGACCCCUUCCGGCGGGUUCACGCACACGGAAAUGUCACCCAGCUCUUUCGUUGCAGGAGGCCUUGACUUAGAAGAGUCAAUACGCAAAUAUAGCUUAGAAGUAGCCGACCUCGGAAACCAUGCUACGGACUCGCAGAAAACUAAACUACAGCUGACCUCAAACUCCAUCCGGCGGAAGUUCGCUGACUGGACGGCAAUUCAGUUGCUGUACAUGCCUGUUGUUCCGUCUCUUCGUGGGACAACGGAUGCUGAUGACUUAACGGCGGUCAGCCCAUCGGCUCUCCAGCUAUACCUUCCGAGCGAUCUACCCUCAUCUACCGCAUGUGAUUCCCGCCUUAUCAGCUGCGAGUGGGAUCUCCGUUUUGCUCAAGCCCACGACGCGCUCGCCGAGGUGCGUCAGUACCUUAGGGUGCGUUCGUUUAUGCUGGGUUUCAAGGAUCGAUUUCUGCGUGGACAAGGGGCAAACACUCGCGCCAGAGAGUCACUGAAAGUUGUCGAGCGAAGGAUCAAAAAAUGCGCCUAUACUUACCGGAACGCUAGGACGUCGUUGAAGUCGCUUGCCUCAAGACUCUCAAAGCCUGGAUGGGACAACACGCUGCACGAACUUAGCGACGGCGAUAUACGCUCAAUGGGCGAUUAUUUGCAGGGUGAAACGGAGGGUAGGACAACAUUAUCGUGGAUCUGGGUAGAUAAAAGCGUCGCUAAUAGCGACGACCCCAGUGUACAAGACGGUCUGCGGGUUCAAUGGUGUAAGGCUCGGGCGAGGGCUUCUCGAUGGACUGAGGAGACAAUUCUCCUGAAGGAAGAGAUGAGGCGCGUCCUCCAGUUCUUGGAUUGGCAAGGGGAAUGGUGGAAAGCGAAUGCUGAGUGUUGCUCAUUCAAGGCAGAGGCAUACAGAGACGGGGCGAUGGCUUACGCCCUGCGCCAGGCUAGUAUUAGGCGAGCCAUAGGGACUAGAUUUGCGACUAAGUUCUCUUCGUACUUACAGGUAUCUAGUUAUCCCUUAUAA